AUGAUCCAUCACUUUUUACAGUCUCUCCAUGACACGUUAACAAUCCUGCUUCAAAGCCAAAUCGAUAAGCGCACGGUGCUGGACAACUUGGAUCUCGUGACGAUUGCCAUUGAUGAAAGCGUCGACGAUGGUGUGAUUCUCGAAACAGACAGUGCUGCUGUUGCCAACCGUGUCACGCGCACGCGGCCCGACACUAUUGAAGUCCAGCUCAAUGAACAGACCUUUAUGAAUGCAUACACCAACUUCCGCGACAAAGUGGCACAACGUCUCAGUGGUUUGUAG